UUUCCUUUUAUGUUUGACUCUCAAGCAAGUUCCCUCUUGAAAGCCAAGGAGAAGUGACUCAGCAAGAGUGCCUUCUUCUAGGAUGAAGAAUGCCUACUUGGCUGCUCAGCUUCUCAAAGGGAGGAAGGCUUCACAUCUCAGAAAAAUCUUUCCUGCACCCUGACCUUCAUAUUACUAGGCCUACCUCUGCAACAUGAAGAUGUUUCUAAUCUUACUGUUCAUUGCUUUAUGGGGUAACAGUUUGGCAAAUGUGAGGGUACAGGACAGAAGAGUUCAGAGGAACACAAGAAUUGAUCCCAAGCCAGCUAACAGUCCUGCUUCACUUUCCUCAAACUUGUUUCCAGGUGGUCACUGUCUAGUGAAUGGAAUGGUCAUGUUUGAGAGUGCUGUGUGGUCCCCAAAGCCUUGCAGUGUCUGUUCAUGUAAGCGUGGAAAGGUGAACUGUGAGGAUAUGCUGUGCAGUUCUUCUACUUGUGUAGGUCCAGCUUGUGUUCCUACAGAUCAUAACCCUGCAGCAUCACUGGUGCCAGGAAAGAAACUUGGAAGAAAAAUAGCUCAGGCAUCUAAGACAAAAACACCAGCUGACAGGAUGAAGCAAAAAAGUGAAAAAAUCCAAGCUGCCGCCAGCCCCCGACAGGAUGUGCAGCAGAAUGGCAAACCAAGAAAGCAAGAAGUGGUCUCACAGAGAAAGGAGAAAGCCCCCCUUAUGUCUGAGAGGCAAGACGAAAGAAAAAUGAAGAAACAGGAUGUAAAAUCAGGAAAACAAGAAGUGGGUGGCAGUACCAUGAAACAGGAAAGAAAGAAAGGAAAUAUGAAAAAGGAAGAGAAAGCACCUAAAACUUUUGAGGAGAAGGAAAAGGUGAAAUUUCUUACAAAGGGUACCCAGCAGACUAGUCCCAAGUGGUUGGAUGGACCCAAGCUGAAUGCACCAAGCCACCCAAGGUUUAAAGAUCUAAAUGAUUUUGAUGAUGCAGACAGCAAUGAAAACAAUCAUGAAGAUAUCUAUGAUGAUCUAGGAGACUUUUUCUUUGGAAGGACACUUCCUGAUCAGCCACGCCCCUCUCACACAAGACAUGCCAUCAUGGAGUCACUUCCAGUUGGAUGUAUCCUUUCUGAAUCUACCAUUGGCUGCGGUGGCACCAAGAUGACCCAUGUCCCUAUACUGAAUGAUCCUGGUAUCAAGACACUUUACUUAGCAGAAAAUGAAAUAUCCAAGAUUCCUGCUGGGGCUUUCUCAGGACUUACAGGUCUGGAGUGGCUUGAUUUGAGUAAGAACCGCCUCAAUGACUCAUCAUUUUCAAGUGAACUCUUCCAGAACCUAACAAAGCUGAAGAGGCUGAACUUGGAUGGGAACUUCCUAACCAAGAUCCCACCCCUACCUCCAUCAUUAGAAGAGCUGAAAAUGAAUGACAACAAAUUGAAAGGCUUAGAUCAGCAAUCUUUUAAAGGCCUUUUGAAACUUCUGACAUUGGAAUUGGAAGGAAAUGGUCUGCACGAUGGCAAUGUGGUCCCUCUGGCUUUUAAGCCUCUCAGCAGACUCAUCUAUCUAAGGCUGGAUGAGAACCGUUUCAGAGCUUUGCCAUCAGGUCUGCCAAGCUCACUUCAGGAGCUGCACAUGGAUGAAAAUCUAAUUGAAGAUAUUCAGGAGGGCAUUCUCAACAAGACCCUGAAUCUCGUUGUGCUGGUGUUAAGUAAUAAUCGCAUUCAGGAGAAUCGCAUAGCUCCACGUGCUUGGUUCCAUCUCUCGAAACUGGAAGCUAUAGAUCUAUCCUACAAUAGACUUGUCCAUGUGCCAUCCUUCCUCCCUGUUAGUCUACGCCAACUGACCUUACAUCACAACCAGAUUGAGCGAAUUCCAGGCUAUGUAUUUGCUCACAUGAAACCUGGGCUUGAGUUCCUUCACUUGUCCCAUAACAAGUUACGUGAUGAUGGGAUCCAUGGUGUGUCCUUCAUGGGAUUGUAUCACUCAUUAACUGAGCUGUUGGUGGACAACAAUCAGCUACGUACCAUACCAAGAGGCAUUCUUAAUCUCAAAUCCCUGCAGGUGUUACGCCUCAAUGACAACCACAUCAGGUAUGUUCCACUCAACUCGGUCUGUGAUACCAGAGUGACAGAAGAUUCCUCACUGAUCUCGCUGCAUCUUGAGAACAAUCUAAUUGACCGCCGUCAGAUUCCUCCUACUGCCUUUUCUUGCAUCAAGACAUACCACAGUGUUGUACUGCGACCCCAAAAGUUUGAAGAGUGAGCUUGCAACACCUGCUAUCAAUAUAUGCUUCUCUUUAAGCGAUUGCUACCUGCUAGCAAUAGCACUUAUCCUACCUUUUAUAUUUUGAAAUAUGUUAGAAGUAUAUAAAAUUUAUAAUAAAAAUGUAGUUCUUGUGUAAACCUUUACCAGCAAACUGUAAGUGUGUCACUCCAGUUUGUCUCAACAUAGAGUGAGCAAAUAUAACAACUGUGACUCUUCUGUGGUUAUGCUAAAGAAUAUUGUUAAUGUUUUAGUUCAAUGCUGAAGUUACAUAUAACUUUACUGAAUUAAACAACUUAUGAAGAAGAUGACACACAGUAUUGUUUGGGCUUCAUGUUUAAUUAAGGUUUGCACUGUGGAGUUCAAAUGCCACCAUCUUUUUUAAUUGGGUUUCUUACUGCAGUCCAGUAUCAUGGCAUUAAAUUGAUUUCUUACUCUGAACUAUCCCUUGUAUUUUUGACUCUGUGUGGUCCAUGGUGGACGGCCAUGUUGUAUGCCUAUUACUGCCAAAAUGUACACAAUUCCACUUCUUGUUACUCUGCUUUUUGCAAAACAAAUUUUCAAAAAAGUAAUUUCUUCUUCAGCAUCUGGAUUGAGACACAAUGAAGCUGUCUUUAUUAUCUACAUCAUGUCAUGUGAUUUUCUAACCCCUUGUAAUCUGGCCCAGGGGCUAAGAUGGAACCUAUCCUAAUGAGCAAAUUACAUUCCUCAUGAUAAUGCUCGACAUUUCUAGAAACCUAAGACGUUCCACUAGACCUGUGUAAAGAUUCUUUCUUUGGCUUGGCAGUAUAUGUGCAAAUGAGUGGAAGUAUGGCCACGUAGACAUCUUAUGUUCCAGGUCAAUGUUGGUCAUCUCUCUAAUAGGUGUAUUGUUUCUGGUAGUUACCUUUGAAUGGGACUUGUGCAUUAAUUGUGGUUAAAAUGCAACUGAACGUCUGGCCUUCUAGGUUGUUUUACCUGAAAAAACCUCUCUUGCGGAUAGAAGCCUGUAUUUCUGUGGAAGUCCCUGGAGCUGCAAAAAAUGACCUAAUGCUUUAAACCCAUAAUUGUGUGAGUAAACAGUUAAGCAAUAAGACACAAUAAAGUAAUUUUGAGUCUUUAAAUAUGUCAUUUUUUCAGUUGUUCUAUUAAUUUAGCCGAGGUGAGUAGAAUCACUAUUUUUAAAUUACACCUUAUUGUUUAUGGUAAUGUGUCCUACCACAGUAGCUAUUUAGGAAACUGACAUCAGGAAACACUUCCAUCCAGUGAGAAACUACACCGGGAUUAGAAUGAAACUGAGCUUCACAUGAAGCAAGUAAAAUGGCACUGAAAAAAAUCUUUACAUUUUUGUUAAAUGCUGAAAAAGGACAGCGUAAAAUAAUACAAGUAGCAGGUAUUUUUCACUGUUUUGGAUGACAAAGGUGGUCAGCUGCCAUUAAAACGUCUAGUACAUAAUAGUCACAAGUCAGGCACCUCAGGCUCAAAAGUAAACAGAAGCAGGUGACAGAAUGAGACGAAGUGUUUAGUGGGACAUUCUAUAAGCAUUCAUGAAACACUCAGCUUGAAAAUAAAAUGCAAAUUUCAGCUCAAGUGAGCAGUUAAUUAAUCACGAUACUGUUCUGUGUUCCAUUUUUUUAUGACUAUAUGAUGUUCAUUUUUGUGGAAUUUCAUAUGUUCCAAUUUCUAAAACUUGCCUUUCGACAUCAUCACUUUCUGUGGCCACUGUUUGAAUUAUAUUCAUGCAGUCUGUCAUGAACUUGAAGAUCAAGCACUAAAGUUUCAAACAGCUCUAAAAGCACUUCCAGAAAUACCUGGUUUUGGGGAGGAUUUACCCCUAAUAAAAAAGGUAAAUACCAUCUUUAUAAAAUAAAACAUUUAGUCUUUAAAGAAUGCUCUGCAACAGCAAGAAGAUCCAAAGAGCACAAAAGGUAAAAAGGACUUGCCUAAAAUAAUAAGAAAAUCCAAGUAAACAUAGUCCCAGGACACACUCAAUUAAGGAGUCAAACAAACAGAGCAAAAAGAGCACAGCACACCACAAAGAACUAUGUCCCAAAAAGAAAAAGUGCACUACAACCCAAGAAGAAUUUUCCACUUAA